UCGGGUGUAAAUAAAUCGCUAGGAAGUACAUCUUACAAAGAUGGAACAACAAAAGGGAAGGGGUAGUCACCGAAAGGAGUGGGAAAUAACGGGCGUUGCAACUAUUGUGGGAGUCGUGCCGCUACUUCCGAAGAAAUAGCAUCUGAAAGGAUACCUUAUAACGACAAAGCAAUCCCGUGAAGAUGUCAAGACCAAUUCUUAGCAGGCCGCGUACGCGUGUCUACGGAUGCAACUACGACAAAGGAGAAUCGUAUUAUAAGCCAAUGGUCGAUCACUUAGAUCGAAAAUACAGCUCUCGACCGCUCUUCUCUGAACCAAGAACUUCGUUAGCCGACGAGAUCGCGGCUCGCCGAGGCGACAUCGGCUCGCGUGACCUCCCCGGUCCUCGCAACAAUUCUCUUGGACGUGACCUUGACCCCGAAAUAGAUCCCUUAAUCCGCGCCCCCACAGUGCCUUUGUCAUCCCUGGCCAACGACCCUUUGUUCCCCGAAAACGAGGAGAUCGUCUACGACAGCCGUGGCCAACGGAGACGUCGAUUCGCUGAAAACUUUGCUAACGAAGUCGCCGCGACGACGCAACACCUCAAAGCGAAACUAGCCACGUUCGGAUUAGACGACGAGGUUGACGCCACGUUGGGAAAAUCACGACGUCUGCGACAGGAGCAGGAAUUUCUCGAGAAUAGCCUAAACGCGAGAAGGGACAUGCAAGACAUGAGAUCGACGAUCGAGGACGCGGAGAGUGCUUUCAGCAAAAGACGUUCGAAGCUUCUCGAUGAAAUCGAUAACAUAACGGAGACCAAGCCGAUGCUGACGAAAUGGUCGAAGCUAUUGAACGAGGACGAGAAUUUGUUACCGGUUAGCGCCGCCGCGACCAGGGCCAAACAGACCAAAGCCCGUUUGAACGAUCUGGAGUCCGAAAUGGAGGAGCUUUCUGAGAGACAAGCGAAAAGAGAGCGCAGGGCAGCUGCUCUCAGGGCAUUAGUUAAUGAAAAUAUCGCUCAUGCCGUUCAAGAUCAAAAAGUUCAAGAUCAAUCUAUCGUUAGCAAGAAGGUCUCCAUUCGUGAACGCUCUGAGAAACACGUUGCCUUUUAAAUGUUCCGUGUGAUUAUAUGAGCCGAUCAUUAUGAAAGUGGUGUAAGUAAAUCUUUCUUUGUUUCGAGAUAGAAAAGGUUCUUAUAGAGAUGUUAUUGCUGGAACGGAGGAGACAUCCAACUGCCUGCAAGUAGGAAUGUGUCAAUGUUGAAAAGAGAACAAAAAACGCGGUAAUCUAUCUAUGUGACUUAUAAAAUAUAAACGAUAACCAUUUAUCGUUAGCAUAAGAAACAUGAGAUAGGUAAGGUACCACGGUUUCCUUUCUCUUUUUAGCUGCAGCGUUCCCCUACUCCAUCUACAUACAUAUAAUAUCUUUAUAAAGGUUUUGCAUACGUUUCAAACAGCGAUAGAGUGUGUUUAAGGUUUUUGAAGUAAUAGUGGUGUGGGUGGUGUGUACGAUAGUAAGACCAUUACGUCCUUGUAUGUAGCUGAUGUUAUUAACCUAGAUACUAUACAGAGAUGGGAAAAUAUCAAGUGUUUCCGUGAUUUUUUUCUGACAGAAAAAUUUACUCAAUCUUUUUGUGACUCUGAGAAUAUUUUAGGUAUGUUUUAAAGUACGCAUCAUAAAUUUUUCGAUUCAUUUCACGCAGAAAUCUUUAAGAUGUCAGCUGUCCCAGAAUCUACUUUUAGGAUUUAUUCCAAAGGUCGCAAUUGUCAUUUGAAAUGAACAAAAUUUUUUUCUUACAUUAUUGUGUAAAAUGUUGAAAAUUGAAUAUUUUAAGAAUCCAACGAUCCUAAUACGAUCCAACGACAAUUUACCAUCUCCGAAUAGUACAUAAGGCUCUUAUUAUAGAAACGUACGAUCAUUCGAGUUCAUAGAUCUACACCAUUUUCAUAAUGAAUGGUUUUCUCAUUCUGUAUAGCAACUGAACUUAAGUCGAUACUCUCAUGUGGAAAUAUUACCUCGUUUACGAAGAAGCUUUUUUUACGGACAAGUACAACAUAGUAUUUUAGCUUUACCCGCAGAAACUGUAUUUUCGUUUUGAAAUGGGUUUACACGACUUUCAUAACUAGCGGCUCAUAUCUACCUGAAAAGUUUCUAGUCCGAGAGAUAUAGAGUCCUGGUGAUAUUCUAUACGAUACGUUUACCAUUGAAAUGAUCUGAGCGAUCCUUUAUCAUUGCUCGUAUGUGUAUUAUAUCGAGAACAAAUAUUCAUGUUACAUAGGCAAUAAAGAUACUUGCACGAAAUUGUUUCACGUGGCAGAAAUACAUUAACAGUAUCGUGAAAUUACAAUUUCAUUUGAAAUAACGCUUAUUUUAUACCCGGAAGUAUUUGAAAAUACAUGUAUAAAUUAUGCCACUGAUAUGUUUUCUUUCAUGUACAUUGCUGUGAAAGUAUACAGGUAUAAAAUGUUACCAAAGAAAAGACAAUCAUAAAGACAAUUAACAUUUAUUUUUUUAAGUAAAUACUAAAACGUUGUGCUUUUAAUCAGACUUUGUCGAAUAUUUUAUUUUAUCGAAACUAGAAAAUUAACAAAGACAGAAUUAGAAAGAAAAAAAAAAGAACAAAAGCGAUCAAAAAAAGGGAUAAUCCCAUGAAAAGUGGUUUGAUAAUACCAGAUGAUAAAUUAAGUGAAAACGAAUGAAAUGAAACAAAAUUACACGAAAAAAGGCUUGACGAAGAAUAUUGAAUAACUAGAAAUGAUCAAAUUAAAAUUCCAAUCAACUUUAUCUUUGUUAGGUAGAAUGAAGAAACGAAUUGUAUCCAUUCUCGAUGUAAAAUUUGACAUUUUAAAAGAUUUAUCUGAAACAUUUUUUUAUUUUUUACAAAUAAGAAAUCAGAAAAACCAAAAAACUAUAGAAGGUAAUCAUCAUUAUUCAUGCAUCGAUUAUAAUGAACACCAAAUCAAAAUUUCACGAUGAGGAUAUAAAACUUUCAUGUAAAGUUUUAUCGUAAUCCAUUCAGUCAUUUAGACGAAAUCGUAUUCUCAGAAAUUCGUACGUACAUACGUAAAUUAAACAAAAAUUUAAUUUUUUUAAUAGUUGAAAUAUGAUUAGAAAAUUCCAUGUGUUUCUUCGCAAAAAAAAUUUAAUCGAAAUUUGUCUUAAUUAGAAAACCCUAAUCUGUUAAAAGGACUGAAUGUAAGAUGCCUUUACAUUAUUAAAUGUCCGAUAUAUAAUUUUUAUUAAUGAUAUGUAAAAUAAAGACAUAUAUAUUGCCGAUGUAAAAUUACUGUUUCCAUUGUGCCCCUAAUUGUCAAGAAUAAAAACCUAUGCCAAAUUGUUGCAAAAUAUGUGCAGAAAAGAGAUAUGUUUCCAUGGUUAUAUGUAUGUACUUCUGUUCUCUCGUAUUUACAAAUAAAUUUUGCUUCGAAUGUGUUAUA